AUGGGGGGAGGCGUGCAUUGGCCCGCUCCACUGCCGCCUCCGCAACGCUCACAACGCUCAUCACCGGUAAAGGCCACCCCACCUCACGGAAAUUUGCGGCCCCGCCUCUGCCAGCCACCAUCGCUCUAUUGCCCGCGCAAAUCAAGCCGCGCCCGCUUCUCUCACACCGUUCCCCACAUCCCGUACUUCCGCCGUCCAACUUUCCAUCAUGGAUUUGCGAAAGCUCAUUGCAGAUUUUUUGACAAAGAUCGAGCACGCCCUGCACACACCGUACGACUUCACACGCGCCCAAAAGAACUACAAGGACAUCAUCAAUGCCCUCCACGCAAUCGAGGCCAGUACGGAGGAGCGUGACAUGCUCAACGUCAGCGACAAGGACUUUGUCACCCGCGCGUCCAAGACUGACACCCAAACCCGUGGUGUCACUCUCGAAGAACUCCACCAACGAGCAGUUUGGCACAAAUCAAAUGUGGACGCCGAGUUUCAGAAGAUUGACACGGCUGCCUCUAUCGCGAAAGCUCAGUAUAACACAUCCAACUGAACCCCGCCUGUGUUGCAACGCCGUUUAUGUAUGAGACGACUGAAACUACGUCUUGAUACAGAUCAAUUGCCAUCCUAGCAGGCCGCUUAUUCACCUCAUGCUGCAUACGGAGCACUUUACUUGUUUGGCCCCGCGCACGCCUUCCCACUCCAAUUAAUCCGCGCUUCACUCGCAGUGCGAGAGCAUACGAAGUGAAUCAACAGUUUCUCAAAAGCGUUGGGCACCGCCUCACCGCUUUCGCUUACCUCGAUAUUGACUGAGGUCAGGUCCCCUCGUGGAACCAUGGCACCCAGUCAAUCUGGCACUUAGAUGUGCUGCUUGCGUUGCCGGAUAUGCGCGAUGCGCUUCCAAGCUUCUUCAAGCAGAUCCACAUCUUGCUGCGAGUUGAGCGGUCGAAUUGGUAAAUUCUGCUCAUUGCGCUCCGGA